AUGGUGCCUGCUGCCGGGGUUGCCACUGCACAACCUCUUUUUUCAUUUGGAUUGAUUUCUGACGUCCAAUAUGCUGACAUUCCUGAUGGUCGCUCAUUCCUUGGGGUUCCACGGUAUUAUAAGCAUAGUAUUCUUAUUUUGCAGAGAGCAGUUAAAGAAUGGAAUACUCAUCAGAAGCAUAAAUUUGUGAUUAAUUUUGGCGAUAUUGUUGAUGGGUUUUGUCCCAAAGAUCAAUCUAUUAAUGCUGUAAAGAAAGUUGUGGAUGAAUUUGAAAUGUUCAGGGGACCUGUGUAUCAUAUGAUUGGAAAUCACUGCCUGUACAAUCUUCCUCGAAACAAGUUACUUCCAUUAUUGAAGAUCCAAACCCUUGGUGGUUGUGCUUACUAUGAUUUCUCACCAGUGCCGGAAUAUAGAUUUGUAGUUCUGGAUAGCUAUGACAUCAGUGCCAUUGGGUGGCCUCGAGAUCAUCCAAAAACAUUGGAGGCCUUGAAAUUGCUAAGAGAGAAGAAUCCAAAUGAAGAUAAGAACAGUCCAACAAACUUGAAGGGGCUUGAAAGAAGGUUUCUUAUGUUUAAUGGAGGCAUCGGAAAGGAACAGAUGGAAUGGUUAGAUGGUGUUCUCCAGAAUGCAACCGAAUUGAAACAGAAGGUGGUUGUCUCUUCCCAUCUGCCUCUAGAUCCCUGUGCUACAUCCGAGGAGGCGCUGUUGUGGAAUUGUGAUGAAGUGAUGAAUUUGAUACACAGAUACAAAUGUGUUAAAGUCAUUCUUGCUGGACAUGAUCAUAAAGGUGGGUACUCCAUUGAUUCUCACGGGGUACACCAUAGAGUUUUUGAAGCUGCGCUUGAAUGUCCUCCUGGCACAGAUGCAUUUGGAAGCGUUUAUGUCUAUGAUGACAGGAUAUCACUUAUAGGAACCGACAGAAUGGCGAGUACAGACAUGCAUUUUAGUCCUCAAUAA